UACCGUUGGCGGUUUAAUUCUGCAAUUUUUGUACUUAAUGCAGCACCCCACUUCUUCAUCUGCAGACUGGCUUUAACUGCAACAAAUUUUAAGAGUUACUCAUAUUACAAAAAAGAGCCCCGGUACCCUUUUACGUAUUACGCUUCAUUUUUGUGUAACACCAUCAUGAAAAUUUUCGGAUUUCCCGCCAUUGCCGUUUUCUUGACGUUUCUCCUUGUUUCGGAAGUGAAGACAGCAUCCUAUACUGCUGCCCGGGAUUUGGAAAAUUAUUGUGGUAGCACACUGAGGAUAAGCUGUCCCGGCUCGAAUGGAGAAGCCGGGAGACUUAGAUUUUAUCGCAUGCCUAGGACGGUAUGCCAAGUGACGGUGACCCUAGAAAGCCUUUGCGGAGUGUCUUCCGAGUACUUCAUGAUUUAUCUCAAUAUAAGAAACUCCUACAUGCCAACGAAUUCUCUGAUGGAAAUCUACGAUACUUCCGGGAGUCGAACCCUUGGCAAAUCGUGGAGCGGAGGCGAGAGUCAGCCGCAGUACUCCAAUCCGACUUCCGCCGGGCAGUAUCUAUCAAGAUCCGCCAGGCAGCCGAAAAUCUCCAUUGAAUUCACACCGUCAUCCUCCUAUCCACCGGAUGGCAUCCACGAGGUUUUCUUUGAUUAUGUUAUUCUGUCAGACACUCGGUCACCGUACAAUACGCUCUGCAGUGCUUUGAGCGGGUACGUCAGCAACAGCUUGAUCUGCGACAUAACGGAUGACCGCGUCAAUUGUCCUGACUCCUACACCCCGUCAGUGUACGAUAUGAAUGCCGCUUGGUAUCGCCAGAGUUGCACAUUCGAAUCAGGAGCAACAAUAACGCCAAGAACAUGGCCACCCACUACGACCUCCUUUUAUUAUGGGCCCGCGCACGUGUCCUUUUCCACGCUCAGUGGCGGCGCAAUUGCCGGCAUCGUCAUCGGAUGCGUUGCGUUCGUGGCCAUUAUUAUUGCUAUUAUUGUCGUAUGUGGCCACCGUGACCAGCAGGCUAUGAAGCAAAAAGCGGCCUUUACCCAGAACGCGCACUCAGCGGCGCCAGCGGUGGUUUUCACACAACAAGAUGGGCCGGCACCGCAGCCUUAUCCUACCCAGGUUUAUGCUCCGGGGCCGUAUCCACCGGGUACAAUGCCACAACCAACAACAGUCACAACUACAUCUACAACCUCUCAAUAAACAACUGAAUUUUAAUGUUCUGGCAAUACUACAUGAAAAAAUUCUUCUUCAUGAGUUCAAUUUCAUUUAUUCUUAUUCUUCUUGCGCUUCAUAAUAAAUAAUAUUUUGUGGUAAAAUGGAAAGCAAUAACCAGGAAACUGCUGUCUUGACACAAUUAAA